AUGCACAGGAAAGCAUACAGAUUAGUAUACAGAAAAGCUGAGGGAAUGAUUGUGGAAAAAUGAACAGUUAGAAAAUAAAACUAUUAUUUCAGCGUGGAAAUCGUUUCCUGAAGGGGACUGGCCUGAUAAAGUCUCCCGUCGUUCUUCUGAAUGGAUAUCCUUUGGAUUUCGUCAGUACUCGUACGGUUGGAGAGCUUCUAAGUUCCGUAAUUUCAGUCUUCUCCUGCACAUUUCGAUUCUGUUCUGACGGAGACAGUCCACGUGCAGACCACUCGUCUCCAGUAUUCUAUUUUCAGUGGAAUUCUAAAGGAUAAUGUCGACAUUGCCGAGUGGUGGCUGGAGGAGGAAACGAAUGCGGAUAUUGUUGAACGACGGAAUCAGAAGUGAUUCGUCGUAUAGCUCCUCUACUGAACAUUUCUUGUUUUCAGAAUAACAACAGCGUUCAAUGAACGGACAUUCAUAAAUUUCAACGAGUGAUCCAUAAUCAUGUUCAGGGAAUGAAUUAAUGUUUUCAGAAACGCUGCAAAGUUCACGGAUAAUCUUCAUUAUGUGUCAGAGGAUUCAGAUGGUUCAGCCAAGAAUGCGGUUCGAAAACACGCUAAAAAAAAUUGUUCAAAAUCAGGUUUUUAUAGAUCGUUACUACCUGGAUCGUUGCUGAUUUUGAGAAGGAAGGUCAUCGACUUUACGCCGCUGAAGUUUUGAAGUCGAGAGCGGUCACUAAGAAAAACAAAGUGGCACUGAUCAACAAUCCAGAAUCAAAGAAAUACGACUGUGUUGGGAGGGAACUCCCACCGAAUCAGAAGAAUAGAUUGAAAGCGUUAAUCAAGGAUCUCACUCACUUCAACAGCACAAUCAGAGUUACGGACAUCUGCUCAAACGAUGGUUCUUCGUAUAUCACCUCUUUGCUCGGAAUCGCUCCCGGAGAGAUCGCUGUGGUCUCAAACGGCCUCAUAAUUGGACCAUUGAGCGAAGAUGAGCUUCUGACUGCGAAGGAUUUCAAAUAUUUGGAAGAAAUGUGGAAAGAGAAGCGAGCUCAAGUAAGAUAGAUUUACAAUAUUCUUAGAACUACGCUUUACUAUUGCAGAAGGUUGCAGAGCUCCUGAAUGAAGAGUUCAACGAAGACGUCAGUGUUCGUUGCUAUUCGGCUGUCGCCGCUUCCACAAAGGACAAAGUUGCUCGACUUGAUUUAACCGAAUUCAAAGAUCCAAAAGAAACGUGAGAAAUUCAUCGGUAUUCUUGAGAAAGUGAACAAAAUUUCAGAAAUAUACUCAUUUUUCCGCCUGCCGAGUCGAAAUCUCCUGCUAUUACCGUAACCUGGAUUGCGAAUCCGGUCUCGCGAGAAGCACAACAGAUAGUCUCGCUGUUGGAACUGAUCCAUAAGAGUUUGAACGCAAAAAUAGAGGUGAUCUUCGCUAACGUGUUCGAAAAGAAUUGCAUCUUCAGAUUAUUUUUAAUCCAGUGGAAAGUCUAUCCGAAAUGCCAAUCAAGAGAUUCUACCGUUUCGUGGCCAGCAAUGAACUUUUAUUUGAUGAGAACGGAUCAAUUGAGUAUCACUCAGCAACAUUCUGGAACAUUCCACAAAAACAGUUACUGACAAUGUCUGUGGAAACAAACGACGCGUGGAUGAUUGAAGUGAAAUCGGCAGAAUAUGAUUUAGAUAACAUUGUGUUGGAAACAGUGCGUGAAUGAAUGCGUGCAGAGCUCAAAAAAGAGUAACAUACUUUUGAGGCUGCUGGAAACGUCGAGGGAGUAUUCAGCUUGGAGCACAUUCUCUUCGAAGGACAGGCUCUGAACCCUUCUGGGGAGGCGGCAGAUGGACUGGAACUGGAAUUAAAGUCAGGCGAAAAAGUGUACGACACGAUUGUUAUGGUCAAUUUGGGAUAUUUUCAAUUGAAGGUAACAAAAUUAUAUUCCCAACUUGUUUUUUAAAAGAUUUCGUUUCUCAGGCUGAACCAGGAGUUUGGACUCUCAGCCUCCGAGAAGGAGUCUCAGCUGAUACGCACGAAAUCACGGAAGUGAACUUGAAGGAAGCCAAGGAGAACAUCAAGAUAGUGAUUGGUAAUCAAACAGAGAGAAGAAUGCUUCAAAAAAGCAAUUCAGAUUCUUUCACUGGUACGUGGACUAAAGUUGUGAUCGCCGAGAAAGAAGGCGCCGAGCGAAAGUCGAAUUCAGCCAUUGCAAACUUGGUAGAAACUGCGAAAAAGUAUCUGGAACUACUUCAAUCCCCUCCUUUCCAUUUCAUCAUUUUCCAGUUUCUUCACUUCGAACAUUCACUCUCCCGAUGUUAUCAACGUCUUUUCUCUGGCUUCUGGACAUCUUUACGAACGGUUCCUACGGAUUAUGAUGAUCUCUGUCAUGAAACAAACGAGAACGGAGAAAGUCAAAUUCUGGCUACUCAAAAAUUAUCUCUCUCCGAAGUUCAAAGAAACUAUUUCAUCGCUGGCUGAGCACUACGGGUUUGAUUACGAGUUGGUCGAAUACAAAUGGCCAAAAUGGCUGAACCAACAGACAGAAAAACAAAGAGUUAUGUGGGGAUACAAGGUAUGAAGCAGUUACAAUUCUUUAAAGGUUCCUUCCUGUUCAGAUACUCUUCCUGGAUGUGCUCUUCCCUCUGAACGUAAACAAGAUAAUCUUCGUGGACGCAGACCAGGUGGUCCGAGCAGAUCUGCAGGAACUCAUGGACUUAAACCUGAGAGGAGCUCCAUAUGCGUACGACAUUCCUCCUUUCUCAUCCAACUGUUUGUUUUUCCAGCUACACCCCAUUCUGUGAAAGUCGAAAAGAAAUGAACGGAUUCCGAUUCUGGCAAUCUGGGUAUUGGAAGACGCAUUUGAUGGGGAGAAGAUAUCAUAUCAGUGCACUCUAUGUCGUUGAUCUCAAGGUUUAUCAAUAUUUCUCUCGAAAGAACUUUGUCUUUCUUUCAGAAGUUCCGCCAGUUCGCAGCAGGGGACCGUCUCCGUGGCCGAUAUGCGACUCUCUCGUCUGAUCCGAACAGUCUAUCGAACUUGGAUCAGGAUCUGCCGAACAACAUGAUCCACGAGGUGCCAAUCCGAACUCUGCCACAGGAAUGGCUUUGGUGUGAAACGUGGUGCGACGACGAGAGCAAAAAAGCAGCAAAAACCAUUGAUUUGGUCGGAAUUAAAACUGAUUUACUUUUUAUUUCAGUCUAUUUCAGUGUAACAAUCCGUUGACCAAGGAACCGAAAUUGAGCUCUGCCCAAAGAAUUAUCGGUGAAUGGAAAACCUACGACGAGGAGAUUAGCGAAGUUCUUGCUGGAAAAAAGACGAAGGACACGAAGGCGAAAACAGAGUUAUAA